AUGGAAGGCAGCAACAGCACGCGAGGUCCGUUUGGCGAGGAACAGCGCUACGUGUACGCCUUCGCGGUACCCGUCCUCCUGGUCGGGUGCUCGCUGGCUUUCGUCUUCAACGCCACGAUCCUCUUGUCCCUGCGCUGGCUCAGAAGACCCAUGUAUCCGACGCUCUGCUUCAGUCUGUCGCUGACCUUCGCUGACGCUCUGUCCGCGGUGCUCCUCGGAACCGGCCUGCUACUCAACAGCUACCUCCCGAUCUACGGAGUGUCUCUUGGCCCCAAGGAACGCUGCAUCGUACUCGUCCUCGAAGUCUUCAGGCUAUCCGGCCUGCUGGCGUCCGCGUUCCACUUGCUGGCGAUGGCCGUCAACCAUUACGUUGGAAUUUUGCGUCCUCUCCAUUACGCCGCUAUGGUCACGCGACGGUGCUCCGAGCUGGCCAUACUUGUCUUGUGGAUUGUUCCGGUGCUCGUCUUUUUUGCGUACUUCGCGGCCGUGCCAGGCGAGGGCUUCCAGUCGCCCAACUGCGCGGACGUGGGCUUCAUUCGAAGAAGGGCGUUCAGCCUGACACUGUCAGCGUUGUUCGCUUUGCCUCUGAUAUUCAUCACCAUCAUCUACUCGCAUAUCUUCGUGGUGAUUCAGCGGCAUCGUGCUGGCCUGGUCAGUUUUCCUUCAGCUAGACAGCUGCGCCGCAACGUGAAGGCAGCUUACACGACACUCUGGAUUCUGGGCACGUAUCUGCUCGGCUGGAUGCCCGCCGUGGUCUUCAUCGUUCUCACGUGCACCGAGUGCGCCUACCCCAUCUUCUCGCUUCCGAUGAAAACUCGGAUGACGUUGGGAAUCCUCACCAACGCUCUCAUCAUCUGCAAGAGUCUGGUGAAUCCUUUCAUUUAUGCCGCUAGGAUUGUGGAAGUGAAGGAGGCGCUGCACAGGAUGGCUCAUUGUCGUUCGGGCAAUAUAAAGAAGGACAACCGGCGCAGGUCGUUACUGGUGACCAGGACGGACACGCUGACGUCGAGUUUGCGGAUGUUGCAACUUCGAAAAGAGUCCUGGGUCGUGACCAAGACAAAACCCGAAGUGUGUCGGUGUUCUAAGGCUUGA